ACGGACGGACGUCCGCCGCUACGAGCCGCGAUGGUAGUGACCGUGUGUGUGUGACUUUAUUGUGCUACGAACUUUCUACGACUGAGGUUGAUGAAGCGGACCAGUUAACGCACGCCGUCACCAUGACCUGUCCAUUCCGGAGAGCGUCUUCGCAGCACCAGUUCGCCAACGGCUCUGGAUCCGGCACCAAGAAACCGGAGUUCCGGUCGCGGCAGUCGUCGGUGCAUCUGCCAGGCCCGGACGAGGAUGAGGGAGAGAGGAAUACCCUGACCUUGAAGAAUCUGAGCGAAGCCCUGCAACUGCUGACGGCUCCGUCUAAUGAAUGCCUGCACGCAGCCGUGACGUCACUAACGAAGAACCAAGCGGAACACUAUGACAAGUACAACUGUUUACGGAGGCUACCAGACGACGUGCGAUCAUGUAAAAACUACGCAUACCUUCAAGAAAUUUACGACGCGGUACGAGCGACUGAUAGUGUUAGCACCAAGGACUUUAUGGCGAAAUUAGGGGAAUAUUUAAUUUUAACAGCGUUCUCACACAACUGUCGACUAGAAAGAGCAUUCAAAUGUUUAGGCACCAAUUUGAUUGAAUUCUUGACGACACUGGACAGCGUGCACGAUGUGUUACAUGAUCAGGAUGACGGCCUCAAAGACAAGACGGAGUACGAAGCAGCCUUCGUGUGUACCACAUCACAAGAGGGCAAGAUCGAACUCCACCUCACGACAGAGAGCGAGCCUGUGGCGUACCUCUUAGUGGGCAGCCUGAGGAUGAUCGCCCGCCGACUGUACGCCACGCAGACGGACAUAAGACUGAAGAGUUACACUAAUGACCCUAGGAGAUUUAAGUAUGAAAUAAACGCUGUACCACUACGUCAGAAGUCCAAAGAGGAGAACUGUGAACCAGUAGCUGAGUCGGUCACCAUCGCCUCCUCAAGCAAGGCAGCUGAUCUCAAGAUCGGAGUCGCGAGCUUUUGCAAAGCUUUCCCCUGGCAUUUUGUCACGGAUAAAAGAUUGGAGCUGGUUCAACUAGGUGGCGGGUUCAUGCGACUCUUCGGGACGCACCUCGCGUCCCACGGGUCGUCGCUUGGGACGUAUUUCAGGCUGCUGCGUCCCAGAGGUGUCCCGCUGGACUUUCGCGAGAUAUUGAAAAGAGUGAACACACCGUUCAUGUUCUCCUUGAAGAUACCUGGAUCGUCAUUGGCUGAGGGUCUGGAGAUCAAAGGUCAAAUGGUAUUCUGCUCAGAGUCGGACUCGCUGCUCUUCGUGGGGUCUCCAUUCUUGGACGGUUUGGAGGGUCUCACUGGACGAGGGCUGUUCAUAUCUGAUAUACCUCUUCAUGAUGCUACAAGGGACGUCAUCUUAGUCGGCGAACAGGCUAGAGCUCAGGAUGGCUUACGAAGAAGAAUGGACAAGCUGAAGAACUCGAUAGAAGAAGCAAGUAAAGCGGUGGACAAAGAGAGAGAGAAGAAUGUCAGUCUUCUCCAUUUGAUAUUCCCGCCACAUAUUGCGAAGAGACUGUGGUUAGGUGAGAAGAUAGAAGCUAAGAGCCACGACGACGUGACUAUGCUGUUCAGCGAUAUAGUCGGGUUCACGUCGAUCUGCGCCACUGCAACUCCCAUGAUGGUCAUCGCUAUGCUGGAAGACCUGUACAGCGUGUUUGACGUGUUUUGUGAGCUGUUGGAUGUGUAUAAGGUGGAGACGAUAGGCGACGCAUACUGCGUGGCCAGUGGUCUGCACCGCAAGAUUGAAACGCACGCACCGCAAAUAGCUUGGAUGGCACUGCGCAUGGUCGAGACCUGCGCGCAACAUCUGACGCACGAGGGGAACCCGAUCAAGAUGCGGAUCGGCCUCCAUACAGGGACGGUACUAGCUGGAGUGGUAGGCAAGACCAUGCUCAAGUACUGCCUGUUCGGACACAACGUGACCCUCGCCAACAAGUUCGAGUCUGGCUCUGAGCCUUUGAAAAUCAACGUCAGUCCGACUACUUACGAGUGGCUUAUAAAAUUCCCCGGGUUCGCGAUGGAGCCAAGGGACCGCUCGUGCCUCCCAAAUUCGUUCCCGAAGGACAUACCCGGGACGUGCUAUUUCUUACACAAGUACACGCAUCCAGGCACCGACCCGACCGCGCCGCAAGUAAAACACAUCGAAGACGCGCUACGGGAUUUCGCGAUCGGCCAACAAAAACCAUUGACAGAAGAAGAAACAGAGGAGCCAACUUAGUAAAAAACUCUUCAAACUCCGAAUUCCAAGAAAUCCUGUUAACAUUGUAAAUACUUAUCUUAAUUGCUUUAUAAACUGUUUAUUUAGAAACUUUGUUCAUCAAAAUAUUUAAUGUAAAAAUGUUUUUCGAAGUUUAAUACUCUUAAGAGUUGAGAGCCGCUUUUCUUUUGUACAUCAUUUGAAUAAGACCUAUGGGUGUUUGUUGUCGUUUGUCAGAGGCUGCCGCCUUCGUUGUGAUCCUAUAAAGGUUGAGGUAUUGUGAUACACGAUUUUUACUUAGGCUAAGAACACACGGCGCGAUUUUCACCCGCGCCCGCGGCGGUUGUGGAAUUGCGGUUUUAUUUGAAAACUCACGGGAGCGGCUAUUUGCGCGGUUAUUCUAAGAACUCACGGCGUAAUU